CACUACAAAUCUAUUACAUUUAUUGAGGACUAGCGAAAGUAUGGUUGCAAAAGAUUCUCCUGUUCCAGUAACCAAAGCUACAGAUAAGAAAGUUUCGGAUAAGAAAGAUGAAAAAGAUAAAGAUAAACCAGAGGAGGUACCAGAGGAAACUCCCAUAGAAGAGCUAAGUGAGGAAGAUCGGGCAAUAAAAGAAGAUCUAGAUAUGUUAGUAACUAGGCUUCAGGAAAAAGAUCAGAGUCUCUGGGCCCCAACUCUAGAAGCGAUGUCUAAGUCUAUCAGAAGUGCUACCAGUUCCAUGACAUCAGUUCCCAAGCCUCUAAAAUUCCUCAGACCUCACUAUCUAAUGUUCAGAGAGCUGUACGAAACCUGGCCUGAAGGCGACGAGAAGAAAACGUUUGCAGAUGUACUAUCAGUGUUGUCAAUGACGAACCCUGACCAGGAAGAGAAAGCCACUCUGAAGUACAGAAUGAAGGGGGCCGGUGGAGAGAUUGGAGAUUGGGGUCACGAGUACGUUAGACAUAUAUCAGGAGAGAUAGGAAGGCAAAUCCACGAGCCGGAUUUGACCAUAGAGACCCGGAAGGCUUUAGUAGUACUCUCUAAAGGGAUAGUAGCUUACGACAUGACUCACAACACGGAGAGUGAGGCAUGUGAUCUUCUGAUGGAAAUAGAGUGCCUUGACUUGUUGGAGCAGUUCGUGGAUGCUAGUUGUUACGAGAGGGUAUGCCUCUACUUAAUCAGUUGUGUACCUUACGUUCCUGAGCCCGAAGACAAGAACCUCCUUAAGACCUCACUCAAUCUCUACUACAAGUUCGAGGUGUAUCCGUUAGCGCUGCGAUGUGCUAUCCAGUUGAAUGAUAUGGAACUAGUACAAGAAGUAUUUUCUAACUGCAAAGAUCCGGCUGUCCAGAAACAGCUUGCUUUCAUCCUUGGCAGGCAGCAAUUGUUUCUUGAGCUGGAUGAGGAUCAGUUCCCCGACGCGGAGGAGUUGAUGGAGAUAAUGAGCAAUGUUCAUCUCAAUACUAACUUCCAGAGUCUGGCUAGGGAGCUCGACAUCAUGGAACCCAAGGUUCCGGAAGAUAUCUACAAGAGCCAUCUUGAGAAUGUCCGACCAUAUGGGCCAACGAACGUGGACUCAGCGAGGCAAAACCUGGCUGCUUCCUUCGUCAAUGGAUUUGUGAACUGUGCAUUCGGUAACGAUAAGUUGCUAGCGGAGAAUGGAAACAAAUGGCUGUACAAGAACAAGGAACACGGCAUGAUGUCCGCUACAGCAUCACUCGGCCUCAUACUUCUGUGGGACGUGGACGGGGGUCUUACCCAAAUUGACAAGUACCUAUACUCAUCAGAAGACUACAUCAAGUGUGGUGCCUUGCUGGCGUGUGGUAUCGUGAACAGCGGAGUGCGAAAUGAGUGCGACCCUGCGCUGGCUCUCCUCUCCGACUACGUCUUACACCAGUCAAACAACAUGCGGAUCGGCAGCAUAGUCGGUCUCGGACUUGCUUACGCUGGAUCUAACAGAGAAGAUGUUAUCGAGCUUCUGUUACCGGUCCUAGCAGACAGUAACAGCACACUAGAAGUCAUCGGCCAGACCGCCCUUGCUUUAGGGAUGGUUGCGAUAUCUAGUUGUCAUGGCGAGGUAACCUCCACAAUUCUCCAGACAAUGAUGGACAAGUCAGAGACGGAACUAAAGGACACUCACAGUCGCUUCCUGGCACUGGGUCUGGCCCUCACCUACCUCGGCAAACAGGAAGAAGCGUCGCCAGCUAUUGAAGCCUUGAAGGUUGUCGGAGAUCCGCUUGGAAAGAUGGCAGCUACUUUGGUCGAGGUGGUUGCGUACGCUGGAACUGGUGACGUAUUGAAGAUACAGAAGAUGCUACACUUGUGUUCGGAGCAUUACGAGGUAUCACGUGAGGAUAACAAGAAAGAUAAGAAGGAGAAACAGGAGGCUGACGCUAAAAAGCUUGAGGCGGAGACUGGUAUCGCUCAACAGAUGGUGGCAGUGAUCGGUAUUGCCCUAAUCGCUAUGGCAGAGGAGCUCGGCGCCGAAAUGGCACUCCGAUCCUACGCUAAUCUCCUCCGUUAUGGAGAGCCUUGUAUUCGACGUGUGGUGCCCCUGGCGCUAGCGAUGCUGUCUGCCAGCAAUCCCAAGUUGGAGAUAAUUGAUACUCUGAGCAAGCUGUCACACGACUCUGACUCUGAGGUCGCACACAACGCAAUAUUCGCUAUGGGUAUAGUAGGCUCAGGAACGAACAAUGCGCGCCUGGCCAACAUGCUGCGCCAGCUCGCGCAGUACUAUCAUAAGGACGCGAAUAACCUUUUCAUGGUACGCUUGGCACAAGGGCUGGUGCACUUGGGAAAGGGAACUCUGACGUUGAGUCCGUAUCACUCGGACCGCAUGCUUAUGUCACGUGUAGCUGUUGGUGGCCUGCUGGGCAUUAUUGUUGCUUUCAUGGACGUUAACAAUCUCAUCAUUGGCAAAUCACACUAUCUCCUUUACCACUUGGUCUCGGCAAUCCAGCCCCGCAUGUUGGUUACUUUCAACGAGGACCUCAAGCCGCUACCAGUCCCUGUUCGUGUCGGACAAGCUGUUGAUGUGGUGGGACAAGCUGGUAAACCCAAGACUAUCACUGGAUUCCAAACUCACACUACCCCAGUCCUGCUCGCUCAUGGAGAGAGGGCCGAGCUGGGUACUAACGAGUACACGCCCCUGACACCUGUCAUGGAGGGUUUUGUUAUCCUGAGGAAGAACGAAGAUAUGGAGGAAUAAGAACUUUCUUAUUCCCAUCGCUCGAGCCCCCGUUGUUCCUCUAUCGACCCUGCCUAUUCAAAAUGUCUAGCGGCUCGGUUUGGCAGCUUUGAAUCUUCCAAAUCGGGCCGCAAUCUGAAGAUCUCACCCAGCUCGUCAGACUUAAAUCGGACAGACAUUAUUUGUAUACCAAUACUAUAUAUAUUACUAUGCUUAAUAGUUGUUAAAAUUUUGUAUAUCACGGGUUGAUCCCGCUUCAUUGUAAGGAGAAGGCACUAUUGACAAAA